GGAAAGGUAGCGUGUUGAUUUCUGUACACUUGGUCUUAAUAUCAAUGUAAUUCCUUUUUUUUUUUUCAAAAAAGGCAGGAUUUUCCAUAUUAAGUUAGACUCUUUUCCCUCCCAUUACAGAAGCCGUGAUGAGACAAGUUCGCCAGAGGUUGAAUUUCAGUGCCGGUGAUGAGAACAGCAGCUGCAUAGAAACCGAAGAGGAGCUGGGAUUUUUGCCAUGUGAAGAGUUUCUUAGUUCUGAAUGUACAGAAUUUGUUGAAAGGAACCUAAAUGAAGACUUAGUGAGCUCCAAGAAAUCACAUACACCAAAAAGAGCUGACCUGAGAGAUGCAGAGACACAGAGAAACUCAUCAACCAUCUCACACAGAAACACAUCCUGGCACUGUAUCAGCUCCAUCAAGCACUUCAGAAAAUCUUACAAAUCCAAAGGAGAUCAUUCUGUGCAGAAAAGAGAAAACAUUUAUUCAUCUGUUACACCAAAAUCAGAGACAAAGACCCGGCGGAUCAAUAUAAACCCGUUUACUCCAGACUCGCUUGUGUUCCAGUCUGUCAGCGCAAAGAGAACCCGCAGCAGAGAACAUCAGGAAGACUCAUAUGAAGACUUGGGUGAGACGGCAUUUGAAGAGGAAUUAAUUCCCCCAUUAAAGAGAAAGAGUGUAACAGUAAAUCCAACAUCUCGCUACACUUCUGAGUUCUACGAAUUGGAGAAAAUCAGUUCUGGAGAGUUUGGGGCCGUUUUCAAGUGCGUGAAAAGACUUGAUGGAUGCAUCUAUGCCAUCAAGUGCUUCAAGAGGCUGGAAGCGGGUUCUGUGGAUGAGCAGGACGCUUUACGCGAGGUGUACGCCCAUGCCGUGUUGGGACAGCACCCCCAUGUGGUAAGGUACUACUCUGCAUGGUCAGAGGAUGAACACAUGCUUAUCCAGAACGAGUACUGCGAUGAAGGAACGCUCGAGCAUCUCAUCCAGAAGAACCAGAGAACUCUGAGUUUCCUCUCUGAAGCUCGGCUGAAGGAUUUGCUCCUGCAAGUCGCGCAUGGUUUAAAGUACAUCCACUCGGUUUCACUCGCUCAUAUGAACAUCAAGCCAGGUAAUAUACUUAUAUCAAGGAGAGCAGCGGCUAAUAAUGGAGACGUCGACGGAUCAGACGCAGAUGUGGUGUACAAGAUAGGAGACUUUAGUCAUGUGACUCAUGUUAGGAACCCGAGAGUGAAAAAAGGAGACCGCAGAUUUCUAGCCAAUGAGAUUGUGCACGAGGUAAUUUACCCCUUAUACCGUAAUCUACUGUAUCUUAUCACCGUAUAUAAACUAAAUGAACUAAUCAAACCCGUCUUUCAGGACUACAGGAAUCUCCCUAAAGCAGAUGUUUUUGCGCUAGCACUCACAGUCCUAACAGCCUGCGAGGCAAAAGCGCUUCCAAGGAAUGGGGAAAUGUGGCAUGCCAUACGCAGAGGGAAACUCCCGUAUGUAGCUCGAGCGCUGUCAGAAGAAUUUCAACAACUACUCAAGCUCAUGAUUCAUCCAGAUCCCGUGCACAGACCUUCAUCCUCGGCCCUUAGUAAACACGCCGUCCUCCAGCCCGCCUCCAAGUGUGCCGACACCCUGCGCGAGCAGCUGCAUGCACAGAAGUUCAGAAACGCACAGCUGCUGAAAGAGCUGAAUGAGAUCCAGUCUUUAACCUCUUCUGAAUUGAGCGCCUCUAACAGGACCAUGACCUGCUCCAGUGCAAACAAGUAUAACAGAUCGUCCAGACUGGUGGAGAGACAGAUAAACCGCUCACUCAGUUUAAGCAUGUUCUGAUCAGAGCAAGCAACAGAUUUAUAUCACAGAUUUACAUUACAAGCAACAGAUUAAAAACAAAACAAAAAACACUUUGACCAUAAUUUUGAACACCAUGUCUUCCACCAUGACAUUUAUUAUUUCAUAAAACAUAUGAUAAUUCAAAUGGAACAAAACCAAAAAAAAAUUUAUUUACAGUACUAGUAAGUCAUAUUGAGUUUCCUGUAUUAUCUUACAAAUUGAUAUUGUGACACUGUGUUUAAGAAGCACUUAAUUGAUGAAACUGUUGUUUAAUUAGUAGUGAGUUUUUUUCGCAGAGCUGGUUAAUAAUUAGAAUUUUGUUUGUGUAUAAUUUAUGUAUAUUUUGAUGGACUGUUACAAUUUCACUGUACUAUAAUUUCAUAUA